GAACAAUGAAAAAAAAAAAAAAAAAAAUACGCAAUACCGCAUAUCCGCGUUUUUAGGCUCUUAGCGCUCGUUUCAUAAUUAUCAUGUUGUUAAUAUACAUAGAGCCGUAUUCUUUAUCAAUUUAUUUAGAACUACACGCCGAGCUAAAAACAUCGUGUUCUCAUUAUUUCCAUAGAUUAAUAAAAACGGACAGGAGAAGUGUCGGUGUGAGGCUGAAUAGCUCACAAGCUCAAGGUUGUCAGUGAUAAGAGCAGUCGCCGGCAAGCGAAAGACUCGGGUUCGAUUCCCGAUUCAGCGACUUCGCCCCGAUAUUUUUCCUGUCUACAUCUCUUCAGGGGGGUAAAGAGAGUGUUAUAGAAGUCUCAAACCAAGAGAAUCUAUAACUUGGCAUACACACCAAAUAAUACUUGAAAGUGUCUAAAUGUACAUUUGUAUAAAUUGUGGAGCUGAAUGCAAAGAGCUUUAUAGGCGAUACUGUCCUAGCGUUCUUAAAAUUUUAAAAUGUGAGAAGUGUGGCUUGUUAGCUGACAAAUACAUCGAGUACGAUCCUGUUAUAGUCUUUGUAGAUCUUAUUCUGAUAGAGAAGCCAGCUUACAGACAUCUCUUGUAUAACAGUAAUUUUAAAUCGUAUUGGAAAUUAAUUAUAAUAUUAUGGCUAGCCGAAUCACUCAGAAUUUGGUUUGCCUGCGAGAUAAGCAAGACAGAAUUAAAUGCAUCGGAAACAGAAUUGGUCUAUAACGAUGCGUCCCAAGAUUGUAAUUUUUACAGUGUGCUGCUACAUACAGCAUUUGCCUUUGCAGCAUUUAUUUGUGCAGUUAUUCUAAUAACCGAAUUAAAAUGGUUUAUCAUUGGUAAAAAACCAUACAAAUAUAGCAUAAAAGAUUUAAGUCGUGCUCUGAUAGUUGGAGGCUCUGGCCAAUUACUGGGAUUUUUGGGAAUAGUAUGGAGGCAUAUAGCUUCAGGCCAUUAUUACCUUCUUAUCCAAGGUUACACUGUUUUAUGUCUCUUCACUGCAUACUCUGUUGUCUGCAAGAGUGGAAAGGGAGGCUCUUUGAUUGGAUUAAUUGCUGGAAUUUUGCUGUAUAGUUACAUAUGCACUUCCAUUUCUAAAUUGCACCUAAAUAUUCCGAAUAUCACAUUAACAUGACAUAAAGUAUCUGAUAUAAAACCAGUUUUGAUAUUUAAGCAUCUUUGACAGGAAGAACACUCCAACCUAAUAUUAGUCUAUCAAAACCACAAGAAAAUAAAUUACACACAUUAUUAUCUUCCAACCAAGCAAUGGAA